AGAGGGAGGGAGGAGCAUAGCUGCGCUGAAGCCGAGCCCCUCUAUGCCUCAGCACGCAGAGUGGAGCAGACGGCAACAGCCACACAAACACACUCUCCUCUCAGUUACAUACACAGUCACACACAUACCACACGCACACACCACCACAGCCGCCGCCGCCACCAUCACCACACACACAGUGACGGCUGCCAGGCGCAGUGGGAAGCAAGCCGUCAGGGAGAGAGCUUGAGAAGAAAGAGGGAUUGCAGAGGGGAACAGAAGAAAAGAAAAGAGAGUUGGAGGAGGCACCUUGUGGAUCAGAGGGGAUUUUCCUCUGUGUGAGUGCGAGUCUGGAUAAGGCUAUCUGCUUCUUCCUGAGCAAGAGGAGUUUUUACCGAGGCUUUUUCUUUCUGCUCAUCCUCCACGCCGGGCUCCAGCGAUAUCUACCUAUCUAUCCCCGGAGCUUAACAAAAGAGGGAGGGAGAGAGAGUGAGAGAAAAGGCACAGCUUCAGCUCCAGACCACCCUCUCCUCCUCCUCCUCCUCCUCCUCCUCUCCUCCUCUUGUCUCUCUAGCUCCACAUCCAUUUGUGAGUUCAUCGCUGAUUUAACUGUCUUGUGAGGAUAGAGCAGAGGAAAGCGUGUGUUCUCCAGGAUACAGACGAGCUCCUGGUGGGAUCAGGGUCUCGUCUGGUGUGAGAGAGAGGGAGGAAGAACGAGACCGGGAAACGGAUACACAGGAAGAGAGAAAGAGACGGAGAGAGACAAGAGUAAGAGACGCCUGAAAGCAAAUUAAGUGGCAUGUUCAGGGCAGCAGAGAAGAAGAAGAGUGAGUCUGAUUUUUAGAGCGGAGAGUGCAAGGAACCGGCAACUGGAUCCCAUCUAUUCCUCCCUCCUUCUCCUCGUUUUCCUCGUCUUCUUCCCUCUUCUUUUACCCGCUCUCCGUCCUGCUCGUCAAUCCCCCCUAUUGUUUCCUGUAUUGCCUCCUACUAUUCUUUCAUAUCUUCCUUUCCUCACCCUCCACCUCCUUCUCCCCCAGCUCCUUCUUUGCUGCCACUCCGGAUCCUCUCUGUCUCUCUUUCCAGACCCACGGGAAGAAUGGUUUUGUGAGGCUCCCUGUGAGCUCCCAGACAAGUAGACAGACUAAAAUCCCAAGUACUAUCUGUCCUUCUAUCCAUCCCUUCCUCUGUGCGUUUAUCACACACACCUCAGUAAGAGAAGAGCAUUCUCUCUCUGCAUCCUCUGCUUUUGGAAACAGUCGUCUGAAGGAUCCAGGCCCCACCUGCGAGCUUCUAUCUCCAGCCUCCAGGACCUUCAAUUGGAUUCCAGCUACAUGGGAAAACGUUUGGAGCAGCAGCCAAUGUACCCCCACUACACCUACUACUACCCCCACUAUCUCCAGACCAAGUCCUAUGCUCCUCCCCCUCCGCCCAUGGCUCCGCCCAGCCCUGGGACCACUGGAGGAGGUGGAGGUGGAGGAGGAGGUCACGGAGGAGGGCUAGUGGAGCAGCUUAGUAAGACCAACCUGUACAUCAGAGGCCUGCCACCUGCCACCACCGACCAGGACCUCAUCAAACUCUGCCAGCCAUAUGGGAAGAUUGUGUCAACAAAGGCCAUCCUGGACAAGAACACUAAUCAAUGCAAAGGCUAUGGCUUUGUGGACUUUGACAGCCCUGCAGCAGCCCAGAAAGCUGUGGCCUCACUCAAAGCCAGCGGAGUCCAGGCACAGAUGGCGAAGGCCUGUCCAGAUCAUCCGUCUGCAUUCCAGCAACAGGAGCAGGACCCCACCAACCUUUACAUCUCGAACCUGCCACUGUCCAUGGAUGAGCAGGAGCUGGAGAACAUGCUGAAGCCCUUUGGUCACGUCAUUUCCACACGGAUACUGAGGGACGCCAAUGGCCUGAGCAGAGGAGUCGGCUUUGCUAGGAUGGAGUCGACAGAGAAGUGUGAUGUGGUGAUUCAAAAUUUCAACGGGAAAUUUUUGAAAACGCCUCCAGGCAUGACAGCCCCUGUAGAGCCGCUGCUGUGCAAGUUUGCUGACGGAGGCCAGAAGAAGAGGCAGACCCAGGUCAAGUAUCCCCAGAAUGGCCGACCGUGGACAAGAGAAGGAGAGAGUGGUAUGGCGUUGACGUAUGAUCCCACCGCGAUGCAGAACGGGUUCUACUCUUCGCCAUACAGCAUCUCCACCAAUCGGAUGAUUGCACAGACAUCGAUCACACCCUUCAUCGCUGCCUCUCCUGUCUCUACAUAUCAGGUCCAGAGUACAUCUUGGAUGCCACAUCAACAGUAUGUUAUGCAACCUACAGGUGCUGUGAUCACCCCAGCCGCGUCCAUAGAGCCCAGUUUGUCUCUUCACCCCUCCAGUGUGAUGGCUCCUCUCACCCAGCAGAUGAACCACCUGUCUAUGGGCACUACAGGCACUUACAUGCCUGCUGCAGCCGCUGCUCCUAUGCAAGGAACCUACAUUCCCCAGUACACUGCAGUGCCUGCCUCUGCCAUCACAGUGGAAGGCGUGGUGACAGACCCAUCUCCACAGACAGCCGCUCCCUCCUCGCAGGACCCCAGCGGGCAGCAGCCUUUAUCAGUGGAGAAUACAGGAGAUCAUGCCACAGCCUACUCUUACCAGCAGUCUAAAUAACAAGAUUGGUAGGAAUCAUUGCUGCAUUGCCUUUAGAAGGACUGCACUGAGGCGCUGGAGACACAGAGAGAAUCUAAAUGAAACGGGGACAAAAAAAUGAGGUGACAUGGGCAACAUUGAGGGGAGAAUGCUUCCACUGUGCACAGGCACCAAAUAAAUGACAAAAUGAAGAAAAAAAAUCAAUUAUAUUUCUUACCUGGUUGAACCAAGAAAAAGACAGCGGAAAAAAAGAAAUGAUGGUUUGCUGAACUUGAGGACAAUGAAAUCAAAUGCAGUCUGCAACUUUGAGUUUAUCAUUUCUUACUGUGAGACUGGACUUUGCCUUCAAAGGAAAAAGAGAAGACAUAGCCUGAAAUCUGAACUCAACCACCAAGCUGUACAGAAAAAAAGAACAAUUUGAAUGUGCAGGUAGAUUUUCAGACUUUUUUAUUAAAAAAAAGGAAGGAAGCAAAGUCUAGAAAAAAAACCAGAUUGUCUUCCUUUCAUAUUAAGCUACAUUAUUUUCAUUCUUUUUAUUAUUUGAGUAGUUUUCUAGAAUAUCAAUGUUUUCGUAAAUCUUUAUUGCCUUAAUUUUCUCAAACUUUGGAAAAAAAACUUUCCAUAGUGUUGAAUUACUAAAAAAAAAAGACUGAGUGGUUGAAUGAUUUGAGAGGUUCUUGGAGAUUUCCGAGAGCCUCAAGGAAGAAAAUCUACAUAGCUAUCUGUACAGGAUUAAAAAAAUAAGGUUGUAUUUGUAUGAAGAUGAUUUUAAAUUAUGUGGUGCAGUGCAGCUGAUGUUGGUUAGUAGGAAAAAAAAGUCUUUAAUGCGACUUGUGGGAAGGGUCAACCCACUGCUUCCUGGAAAAUGCAGUUGAGUUUAAUAAUGGGAUAAAAGUUCUGUUUCUCCAUCACAUUUGUAUUUUUUUGGUUUUUGAUUGCAGUCUUUUUACCUUUUAAAAAGUUUUUGCUUUGCCUGCUUUGCUUGUCUCACUGCAAAAAUGUUAAAAAAAUGGAACUAAAAUCAGAAAAAAACGCUAGGAUUUUUAAAUGUGCAAAAAGCAAUAGUUUUAGUAAAACUGUUGACAGUUUCUUGAGUCUUUCUUAUCUGUUGAACAAAAGCAGCCUACAGGUGGCAUAUUUUAUACCAAAGAUGAAGAAACUAGCUAGUGAAGAGAUCUUCCUUAUGUUGCUUUUUCUUUAUUUUUUCACCUCUGAAACUGAGAUUUUUCUUGCUUGUCAUGCCGUUGGUGUGUGAGAUGAUUUUAUCAGUGAUUGAGAACAUGCAGUAGGUCUUAAACAACUGCCUCAACCAGAAGAGUGUGCUCUGAGAUGUUUUGUUUGUCAAAUGAUCACGGUGAUGAUCUGAAGUGGCGCUGUAACAUCUGUUGAGGAACCAGACACCCUGUGGUAUGGAGAAAGUGGAGGAGGUAGGUAUAUUAUUGGGAAUAAGUUGGUAUAUUAUAAUUUCGUGGUAAAGAGGCUAGAAAUGGAUUAUAUCCUGCAGAAUGUUGGUGUGUACUUUUUAAACUUUUUAAACACCCUCUUCAAUCUCAAAUCCUAAAUGCAGACACUGAGAUGCUGUAACUCAUUAUGACGCCUAGCCAAAAUGCUCUUGGUUUAAUUAUUUUCAAAUGCAUAGUCUGAGUCCAUACAACAAACUGUUUUAUGCCGCUGUCUUGCCAAACACAUGCCAUUUAAAAUGUGAGCAGGGUGAUGAUCUCUAUUAGAGGAAAGGGCAUUUCUGUUGAAUUAAAUCAUUUCAGCUUAUGUAUAUUCUAAAAGGACAAGGAGAGAUAUUUUGUUUUCCUUUUUCUUUUUGUGCUGCUUUUUUUUUGUCUUUUUUGAGAAUUGAUUAUGAUGUGUGAGCUGCUAAACACUUUUCAUUAUUGGGGAUUUAGGUUGUCUUGUGUUGGGUGGGUGUGAAAGAGGUAUACCCCCAGAAUGACAGUAAUUGAACAUUUUAAGCCAAGAUAAAGUUAAUUGUUAUCCAUGACUUGACUGCAUAAAAAGCAUCCUACAAAUCUUCCUCCUUUCAGUUGAAAGAAGAGACAUGUUCCUGCUGGCAGCCCUCGGAAAACAAAUAUGAGAAUAUUACUCUCUUCUUAGAUAGUUAAAAUCUGGAAAUAAGAAUAUGCAUUAUUUGUACUGAGUAAGAGGGCAUCAGUUGAGAACAACAAAUAAUAAAUAUAACACUGUGUGGACUUUAACUGGCUGAAACUGGCUGAAACUGGCUCUGAGGUCACACCCUUGAAGCCCCACCUACCUGACCCUCCACCAAUGAAAGGAAGUCAACGGAGACGGAGGAACAGAUAGACACACAGAAAAAGCAUGGUUCAACCAAAAUCAAGCAGAUACAAACCUCUAUGGGAAAAUAAAUUAUUGAAAAAAGAAAGAAAGUAGAGAAAGCGAGAACAAAAGUAAUAUUUAUGAGAUCUUUUUUGUACAGGUGUGUAAAAGAAGAUGCAACAGAAAUAACUUUGAUGAUGCUAUUUUUUUAUUUGCUUGGUCACAUGCCUCCCAUGUCUUUCAAAUUGUGAUUCUGAGAGUGUCUGUAGAACCAGUGGAUAUUGCUGUAGUUUCAAAUGUCUCUUUUCUUUUUGUUUUCUUUUUAGACAAAUCUUUCAAUAAAAAAAUGUUUCAAACAGUCAA